UUGGGACAAUAGGUUUAUAAUAGACCAAAGACAUGAGUACCUACCACAAAAGGAAAGUAAACUGAAAAUCGAGAGAUAAUUAAGGUAACAAACAUGUGAACAACGAAUAUAUAUAAUCAACAAUCGAUCGGAUUAGAUCGGAAUCUUCGAAGAAAGUUAAAACGCGAUCAUCGUCCAGACCAAGUUGUACAGUUGACCCAAAGUCGCGCGUCGUUUUUUAAUCAUUAAAAAAAAAAAAAGGCAAUAACAUACUACGCGAAUAUCCCAUUAUUCUGUCUAUAAAAUGAAGUGACUUUCAGGAUGGAAGAAUAACACAGUUACAAUAACUCGCAAUAGUAUCACACUCAAGAAAUGGCUUCGAGUACUACUACUAAUAAGCUCUUUUCUGCAUUUGCUUUUUCACUUUUAAUUCUCAGCCCUUUGGCUUUGGAUGUUGCAAAAGCUGAUCAACCAAUACAGGAUGGACUUUCAUUGUCCUUCUAUGAUUCUAUCUGCCCCAAUUUGGAAUCCAUUGUCAGAAAGCGACUGAAAAAGGUGUACAAAGACGACAUCGGACAAGCUGCCGGAAUCCUUCGCCUCCAUUUCCAUGAUUGCUUCGUCCAGGGCUGCGAUGGUUCAGUACUAUUGGAUGGAUCCGCGAGUGGGCCCAGUGAAAAGAGCGCGAUUCCCAACUUGACAUUAAGAGCUCGGGCCUUCAAGAUCAUCAAUGACCUCCGACACCGGGUGCACCGGGAAUGUGGCCGGGUUGUGUCCUGCGCCGAUCUUGUUGCUUUAGCUGCAAGGGAUGCAGUUGCAGUGACAGGAGGUCCUGAUUACAAAGUUCCACUAGGAAGAAGGGAUGGUCUGAAUUUCGCUACAGCACAAGCUACAUUAGAUAACCUUGUUGCACCAUUCGCAAACACAACCACUGUCUUGGCCAAACUUGCCGUAAAAAACCUAGACACCACCGACGCUGUUGCCCUUUCCGGCGCUCAUACCAUUGGAAUUGCUCAUUGCACGUCAUUCACCGACCGCCUUUAUCCGAAUCAAGAUCCGACCAUGGACAAAACAUUCGCAAACAACCUCAAAACCACUUGUCCAACGGCGAAUACCAAUGCAACGACUGACAUGGACAUUAGGAGUCCUAACAAGUUCGACAACAAGUACUUUGUUGACCUGAUGAACCGACAAGGGUUGUUCACGUCCGACCAGGACUUGUACACGGACAGCCGGACGAGAGGAAUCGUCAAGAGUUUCGCCGUGAAUCAGACAUUGUUUUUCGAGAAGUUCGUGAUUGGAAUGUUGAAAAUGGGGCAGCUGGGUGUGUUGACCGGAAACAAUGGCGAAAUUCGGGCUAAUUGCUCGGUUAGGAACAAGGACAACUUUUUAAUAUCCUCGGUCGUGGAAGAUGAAGGGUCACAAGCUUCACAAUUUUAAUGUGCGUUCCUCAAGUGUGUGGAAGGUGUAUAACUUGUAGGACUGUGUUUGUUUUAUUCAAUAAGCAAAGAUGUUGGCUUUGUUGGAUUUUGAUAGUCAGAAAAAUCAAAUCAAUUAAGUUGUUCGCUUGUCUUUUGUAAUACAGUAUAAUCUAUGAAUAAAUUUUAGCGUUUGUCUUACAUAAUAUCGAUGGCCUAUCUAUAAGGUUGUGAUUACUCUACUUUGUACCAUUUCCCCAUUACAUGGACUCAUUUAUUUGUCUUCUUUCCGAAAGCAAGUUCCC